CGGUUUGGUUAUGUUUACGAUUACAUAUCGAUUUGAAAAAAAAAUGUGCAGGUUCCGAAGUUGUGCAAAAAAUUUAAACUUUCACUGAAACGUCUGUUGCAGCCCACAUGAGGUGAUAUUAAGUAUUUUUAUACUUUUAAGUGGUGAAACAUGGCAUUGGUGAAAGCAGAACCAGAUUCUGACAGUGGGGCAGCUGUAGAGACAGGCCCAGACGAGUUGAACGUGAUGGAGAUGACAACAACAACAACAGUAAAGGAUGAGACAAAUUUUGACAAAGAAAUCAACUCGCCCAUCCCGAGUACGAGCAAAGCAGCUGAGAGCAAAACAACGGUAGAUUCCAAAAAUCAGGGUGCACGUAUUGCAAGAGGGACAAAGAGGAUGAGGGAUGCCGACUCCAGUCAGAAAGAUGCUAAGGACGAUCAAGAGGCUGAUGCCAAAAUAACGAGAUCUUUGAAAAGGUCAUGUGAGUUGUGGUCCAUGGAGGAUAAGAAUACCUUUUUCAAAGCAUUGAACGAAUUUGGCAAAGACUUUGAUGCUCUGCAAAGUUACUUUCUCAUUCAGGGAAAGAAGCAAGGCUUGUCUGAUAAAAUGAUCAAGAACAAAGAGCAGAUCAGGCAUUUUUACUACAGAACUUGGCUUAAAAUUUCAAAGCAUCUCAAGUUUUCAGAAGACGUUAAAAAGACUUCACAGGAGCUCUAUGGUUUGGUCAAUUAUGGAGAACUGAGAAGAAAACUGCCAAGAAUUCACGAAAAAGUUCAGAUGAAAUUAAACGAGUUGAUUUACUUUGGUUCCACACAAGUGCGUUAUCGGAAAAAAAUUUUCAGGGUCAAGACACCGAUUUGUAGAGCCCUGAGGAAACUAAAUCUAUUCGAGGGUUAUCAGGAAGAUAUAAAAUUACCAUCAAGAGUGACGUUAGAGUUACGGCCAGCAAACAACGAAGCUUGGUGGCAUGUACAAGCAUUGUCGAUGAAUCCAAGAGUCCGUACGUUAGUUCCUAUUCAAAGGAGACUCUCCAGUAUACUUUCAUACUUUCAGCAGCGUUGGAGGUCUUGGAGUCUAAAGAUUUCAGCAGCUAACGCCGAAAUUGAGAAUCUCACUGAGAACUCGGAUAAUAAAAAUUCUAGGGUCAUGCGCAUGACUCCUCAAGAAAAUUGUAAAAUCACGUUACCCACUAUUAAUCUAGGAGAGUAUUUGACGAGCGACAGCAUCUGCUUGAAUUCAUACGAGAAUCGACUUGGGUUGAAAAGCUCGAGAGUUGAGCUUUUGGGUUCAAUGCAGUACUUGAAGGGCGCGGGAAAGAAAAAUGUAAAAAAGUUCAAGGGAGAUAAAAGACUGAGCACCCGAUUCGACGACGUCCCCGACAAUAGCGAUAUCGAUGUUUCCGAAACGAACGUCACUUCUACGACAGAAAAACCAUCCACCUCAAGUGCCGGUGAAAAAUCGGCGUCAGAACAGCCGUCGAUCUGUAGCAGGUUCCCUGGUAGGGAAACGAUUGACAGGAUACGACGUGGUUGGAAUGCUGAUGAAGCAAGUACAAUCACUGUUGGCGACUUGUAUUUAAUGUUUGGUCGAGAUUCGAAAAUAAUAUUAGAGUACUCGUGGGAAUCUGCAGUGCCAGAAACGUCUGUGAUCGAAGAACCACAAAAUAAUGCUCUGAGCUUAACUUUGCAAAAAUUAUUGUCAAUAGCUAAGCACACGUACGGAACCAGCAAAGGAUCAUAUGAUAAUGUGUCUGGCAGUAGUGAAACUGUCAUUUCAUCUAGAGUACCUUCAACUAAAGAGUCGACUUUCAUAAGACCUCUGAUACCUCCGUCAUUUCACAGAAUAAGCGCUCCUGAAACCUUUAGAACACAAUUAGACAAAUACAAAUCUCGCUACUGCAGAAAAGGGAGAACAUUGAGGCAAAGAAACUUGGUUGUGCAAAGGGUGCUCCCUACAACACCGAAUGUCUCUUAUAAAACGACAAUAACGUAUCCUGAAGUUCGAAACGUUUCCGUUGGCACAAAGACUGCUACGAUUUCUCCAAAGAUUGAAGAAGCCGUUCCCCAAAUUACCGUAACGAUUGAGCCUGUACCAGUUGAUGCGCCAAAACAUUUCUUGGAUGUUUUGGAUGGACAAGUCGUAGAACCUGUUAAAGUUACGCACUCGACUGCAAGUAUUACGAGCGCAAUGCAAAUACUUAAAGAAGGAGAACAGCAGUGGCUCAACAGCGAGGUUGCAGAUUUCUCACUAAGUAGUUUCUUGGGUCAGCUUGAAUCCCCGGUAAAAAGUUCACAGCGAAGUCAAGCAGAAGUUCCUAUGAUCGAAAUCAUCAGACCUUCAUCAGACGUCGCAAACAUGCAUUGUCUAAUGGGCGAGAAUAGUGUCGAUUACAUUGCGAAAUUCGCAAAUUUUACCUCUCAGAUAACUUCCUCGGAAGAGCAAAAACAGUAAGACAGUAUUGAUAUACGUCUCUUCCUUUUAAACCCAAACCGUGUGAAUACUGUAUAUUUAAUAAGCGAAAUCAAAUCAUGAAAAAUGAAUAUAAGAGUAUUACGGUGACAAAGAUGAUAUUAUAUCAGAGUUUAAUAUAAAUGACUGUAUAUAA